UAAUACAAACAUAAUACAGUUGUCUCCCUGUGUUGCCAAUGAAGCCACACGCUGUCAGCUCAGACCAAUACUUCUGGGUUAUAAGUUAACUGGACAGUAUUUAGGAAUAUAUUGCAUAUAUGAUGGAGAUUUGAAUUAUACAAUACAAUUUGUACAUGUGUCCGGUAAUUUAAGAUGGCAGACUGUCUGAGUGUGGCUGAAGCCAACACAUCUUUACACAGUGGGCGAAUUGCUCUUGGAGAUUUAAAGAAAUUUUUAGAGAAGGCAACCUAUGUACCAUCAAAAUUAGAAUUUUGCAAAAAUGCCUAUAGUAAUGAUGCUGUUCUUUAUCUCCACCAGUCAGGAAAGAGGAAAUUUGUGAAUCUCACAGACUUACAUCUACAAGGAUGCACUCAGAUUACAAAUGCUGGUAUUAAAUGGCUGGCAAAGUUAUUGGCAGAGGCAAAAAAUUGCAAAUCAAUAUAUUUAGAUGGGUGUCUUCAGCUGACAGACGAUGAUGUGGCUUUACUUCUGGCAGCUGCACCUAAGGUGACAUUGGUCUCGCUGACAGGAGUCUCCAUCAGACAUAUAAGUCAUCCAGCAGUCAAAACUUUUCUGAUCAAUGGAUGUCCUAUACUAACUGGAGAAGAAAAUCUUGUUGAUCUAAACCAUGGUCAUACAAUAGUAGUACCACAAAAACACUUAGCUGGUUAUUUUGUUGAGUUUAUUAAGACUAAGAAAACUUUGGAGAAGCUCGCUGCGCUACAACCCUACAUUGGCUUCAAUCAAGUAACUGAUUUACCCAUGAAAGACUGGAAAGUAACAUUAACUGAAGUCCUUUUAGAUCAUCCAAUGUUUGAUGUGGUUAUCAGUAAACAUCCUGUUCAAGUUAUUAUCACCUUCAAUACAACAAAAGGAAAUCUGGAGGGAGUUAAGAAACAUAUUGUUGAUACAAUUACACAUGUUGUUACAAAGGCUAAUUUCACCACAGUUUACCCCAAAAAUAAAGAACCAGAGGUUAAAAAAGAAGAAAAGGAAAAUGAUGAGACAAAGAAAGUUGAGGGAGAAGAAACAGAGAAUAAAGAAGAAGUGAAAGUAGAAGUAAAGAUUCCAGAAAAGAAGAAGCCUGAAGAGAAGACUGAAGAAGUGAAAGAAGAUGUAAAACCAGAAGAUGUUAGACCGUUCAGAGAAUGUGAAUUUAUAUUGAUACAAGUAGGAAAACCAUCUAAACUGAUUGAGGAGGUACAACAGUUUAUAUCAGGAGAUUUUUUGACAACAAAAUUAGAAGUUUUGGACAAGUCAAUAGAAUACCAUGAACAACGUUUCUCUGAUAUGGAUAUGGUAGGACAGAAUGCGUAUGCAUCAUUGUGUGCAGCUAAGGAAAGAUUAGAAACUUUCAAUACACAGAAAAAUGAACGAAUUCAUUUUAUGUCCAUAGAAAUGGAAUCUGAAGAGUGUUUAAAUAGUGUUUAUGACAAAAUGACAGAAGUUUUGGAUUGUCGGAAACACCAUCAGGAAAUGAGAUACAAAAUAGCAGAAAAGUUUGAGAAAUACCUAAGUGUUGUCUUAGAAACUGUGAAGAAAAAUGAAGUGAUUGAUAUAAGUUCUGGACUUACAGAAAGUUUGGACAUUUCAGGAGCUGAGUUCCUCUCAAUAGCAAAACUUUUACAGGAACAGGGGAAAGUUGUUAUCCUGCAACUCUGCUCCAAGACUCUCAUAGUAGAUCUAGAACUGUUUAGAAAAAUGGUUGAUGAAGUUGGAAAACUUUGUGCUUAUACAUGUACAACAAGCGAAUCUUAUUCAUCUGCUAUUAAAAACCAAAAGAGAGCACUCACACUUCACAAAGUUUCAAUACGAAUGGGUUUUACAUUGAAAGAAGAUGAUGAAAAGUCGACAUUGUUGCUGAAGAUUUUACAGGAUUACUGUGGAUUAAUUGAGUUACCUAGAUGGAGAUUAAAACCAGAAGAUGAACAAUUUAUAUAUGUUGGUCAAGAAAAAUUGGAAAAACAUGUAGUCUCAUUGGAUGCAUUUUACAGUGAAAAGAAGCCAUCAAACUUUGUUGUAAUGGAAAAAUCUUAUAAAUUUAUCUACCCUGUUGCCAAGGAAGUGUUGCCAGGUGUUGUGUCUUCUGCUGCUAAAUAUGGCAGACCUCUACUGGUAACUUCAGACGGUGCUGUCUUUCAGAUAGGUUGUGUUCAAACUGCUAUAAAAGCUUUGAAUUGGGCAGGUGACAACAGAGAGAUUGUAGUUCAGACGAAAUGUUACCUGCCUGAUUUAAAAACAGAGCCUGUCAAUGACGCAACAGAGUUUUAUGUGAAAGAAUACACUUGGAACAUCUUUUGCUUGUACACAGACAUGAUUGAAAAAGUUCUAAAACAACGUGAUAUCAUAUAUCUAGAAUCAGGAGAAGUUCCAAAUGGUUUUGUUCACAACUCUUUUGGUUGCAAACAUCUUUGGAAGAAGGUUGACAGUAUGUUCAAUCAGUCUGUUUGUUCCAUGUGUAACAGAUGCUGUGGGCUAGGCAGGAAGUGUAAAUACAAUGGCAUUAUGGGAGAUAAUUUUAGAGAGUGUCUGUGUAAAACUUCUCUACCAGGAUGUGUGGAUUGUGGGAUUUGUACAGAUUGUGCUGCUGACUUAUGGGAACUUAGAAGUUAUCUACGACCACAGGUUUAUUGCAACAAUAAAAGAGUUGUGUCAAGUCCGUCCACGUAUAUGGAAAGUGUAUUAAACAAGGUUCCACUAGAUCCUUUAGCUUACAAUGAAGUAGAGCUGGUUUAUAACACAGAAGGGAAGAAGGGUUUAUUACUCAGAGACGCAGAAGAUGGUGCUAUUGUAAGUGUUUUCCCAGGGAAGGCAACUGCUUUGUCAUCAGCUGAUAUUGUGUCUACUAGCAAAAUUGUUGAGAAGUUUAAGACUUUGAUAAAGGAAGUGGAAGACCCGUUAUAUGAUUGUAAACAUGGUGACUGUGUUAAAAUCAGAAUAUCAGAUCCGGGUAGAAUAAUUGGUAAAGGUGGUGAACUGGACAUGACAGCUAUUAAAGAGUCCAAAGUUGUUUAUCAGCCAAUCAUAAGCCGAGAUCUUAAAACCAGCCAUGAAACUGGACUGUUAUGCUAUGAACCAAGAUCCACUUCAUCACCAGUUGCACAGUUUAUUGGAGUAGAAUGCUUCUCAGAAAACAUCAAAAAGUUUAGUUAUAAAAUAAUUCAUGAAGGUAAAAGUAGGUUCAUUGGUAUAGGAGUUGCUCCCAGGGAUUAUGCUCCCAACAGAAUGCCAGGAUGGAACCCAACUUCGUAUGGAUACCAUGCUGACGAUGGAGGAGUCUAUACAGGGAAGAGUUCGUCCAGUACAAAGUUUGCCAGGUGUUACAAAGGUGACAUAAUGUCUGUGUAUUGUGACACUGAAGCCAAAGAUAUCAAAUUUUACAAGAAUGAUAAAAUGAUAUACAAAGUACCAGAAGAGAUGAUCACUGUACCACCACAUGGAUUUCACCCCAUUGUGUCCCUCCAUUCAGCAGGAGAAUGUGUAAAAUUAUUGGAGAAAGAACCUUGGACCCUUCGAUCCAAUCGUACACUCCAGCUUCCUCCACCAAUACAACUGAGGGCCAAAAAAUUGCACAAUAAUGCUGAACAUGUUGUUAAAGAUUUAUCAAUCCAUGUAGAGUUAAAGACAUUUAAAAUAUAUGAUUCUGUUAUCUCAAGUCAGCAUAUUUCUCUAAGACAGUUAGUGACAGAUGCAUGGUCAGACAUGUUUUAA